AUGAAUGGCCAACAAACCAUCGGCUACGGACACAAGUGUGGUUUAAAGCCCUGUCCCGAUAUUAAAGCACCAAUUACCCUGGAAAGGGCAAAACAAAUAUUACGCGAUGAUAUGAACUAUUGGGAAACAUAUGUCCAACAGCACGUGCCAUUUGUCAACGACAAUCAAUUUUCCGCCCAUUAA